CAUCUGUUGUUGCAAUUUCAACCUUUAGUUUAGCUACAUUCUGCUGAAGAAGCUGUUUUAAACAGCAGUUAAGCAAUGUCUGAUCCACACGACGAACUUUGUCCACCAAAUCAAGAAGACGAUGAACUAACCUUGCCGCGCGCGAGUAUCAACAAAAUAAUCAAAGAACUGGUUCCCUCAAUCCGAGUGGCAAAUGAAAGUCGUGAGCUAAUACUGAACUGUUGCACGGAAUUCAUUCAUUUAAUCAGUUCGGAAGCGAAUGAAGUGUGCAAUCAGCGGAACAAGAAAACAAUAAAUGCCGAGCACGUAUUGGAGGCCCUCGAUAGACUCGGCUUUAAAGAUUACAAACAAGAAGCGGAGGCAGUUUUGAACGAUUGCAAACAAGUAGCCGCCAAACGUAGACGGCAAAGUACGCGGCUGGAGAAUUUAGGCAUCCCCGAGGAGGAGCUGUUACGACAGCAGCAGGAAUUGUUUGCCAAGGCCCGGGAGGAACAAGCAGCUGCUGAACAGCAGCAGUGGUACAGCGUCCAGACGGCAACACUGCAAAAUGCUGAGCUGUUCCAGAAACAAAUGUCACAAGACGAGGACGACAGUGAUGAAUAUUAAUUUCAAUCGGUAAACCACUACACAUAUGCUGCGCCGUUCUCUUAAUCGAACGGAAAAUGAAAUAAAAAAAAUUAUUGAAAUUUAUGCGACAUAUUAUUAUACAUUCGGCAAGUUAUUAAGUAGA